AAUACACAAUACGGUCGCACUGCUUAAUAGUUAUAGUUAGCUUAGUAUUGAGGUAGUUGGACUAUAAUUAGGUGAGCUAUUCGGCGUUGGGAUCGCUUUAAUAAAUUGAGAAUGUCGUCCUCGGACUAUUGCCUAUAUAGCUAUAGUGAGCUGCCGUUAGAGAUAGUGCUGCAUAUAUACAAGUAUCUGGGCUAUUCCGAUCUAUUGGCAGCUGGCACCAGUUGUCACCGUUGGAGAAGCGCCCUAUAUCAAACUGAAUUUAUUGCCCGAACACGCGUACGUUUCUCAAAAGUUGUGCUCUCGGAUCAGCAUAGUCCCGCUGUUGAUUUGAUGAGAUGCGAAAGACGCUUUCGUCACUUUCUGUUCGAGGAUGUGACCCUGGGCCAGGUUCCUGAGCUGAUAGCAUUCAUAGGACAAUCGGCGCGUUCGUUAAGCCUGGACAAUGUGGAUCUGAAUGAUAAGCAGUUCUAUGGCAUUCUACGCCUGCUGCCACAUUUACAGGUCCUGGCCGUAACACGUUGUUUGCCCCUGUUCAUGUCGGCCACCUUCUUGGACUCAAAUGCGUGCGAUUUGAAUGAGAUCUCGGCACAUCUCGCCAGCAUACGGGAGCUAACUAUAUGCAAAAAUCAGUAUCUCACCGAUGCCAUACUGUUGCGCCUGACUGCGCUGAUGCCCAAGCUGGAGCUGCUUAAUAUGUCCGGUUGCCAGAUCUCGUUUCACAAUGCCAUACAUCGACGCUUCUAUCCCCAGGAGCCAAGCAUGCCAAGUGAAUCGGUGCUGACAUUCAAAUACAUCUUGAAGGUGCUCACUCAGCAGCGUCGGAUGCUCCACACCCUCGACUUUAGUCACACGUUAAUCGGACACUCGCUGCUGGCACUGUGCGAGCUCAGCCAGGCGGAUGAGAAUGCUCAGCCUGGCUUGCAAUUGCGCCGUUUAUAUUUAGCCGGCUGUAGGCAGUUGAAUGCAGCUACCAUCAAAAGCUUCCUCAGCACGCAAAGGCAAUUAAGUGUUUUGGAUUUGUCCGCCACGAUGUGUCUAAACGAUGACUGCCUGGCGGCGAUUGUGCAGUCAAAUCCGCAAUUGCAGGACCUCAAGAUAAACGCUUGCUCGGGCAUUACAAACUUGGGUGCCGCAAAGUUGCGGCAUUUACCGCGUUUACGUCUCUUGGAUAUUUCCAAUUGUGACGGCGUCAGCAGUAAUGGCAUUAUGGAGGGCGUAGCACGCGAAGAGAACACCGUGCUAAUGGAGCUGAACGUCUCAUAUUUGACUAUCUGUGAGGAGUCCAUUAAGUCCAUUGCCAGAAAUCUACGCGCUCUGCGCUCCCUUCACUUGAACCACUGCGUCAACGGUGUCACGGAUGAGGUUAUGCAGCUUAUCAUAAGCCAGCUGUGUUGGCUUCGUGAGCUUUCACUGGAAAGUUGUUGCAGGCUAACUGAUGCUGCGCUUACUGGCAUUAAUAUAGCCAAGCUGGAACUGAACCGAGCCUCCUCCGUUGGAAAUGCGUGCCCACCGUUCGAUAGUUUUACCGGCUCCUUGCAGUCAAUUAAGAUAUCGUUACGCAGCAAAGCAGAAGAGGAGAUUGUACGGGAUGCCAAACGGAAGCAGGCAAUGUUUGCGGCCUACGAAAUGAAUCUAAUCAAUGACGAGGACUUCGAAGGCCAUAAUAUACAAGAGCUUCGAGGAUUGCGCUCCUUAAACUUGCGCGGCUGCAAUAAAAUAAGCGAUGUUUCCUUAAAAUACGGCCUAAAACAUAUGGAGCUGAAUAGGCUGUUGCUCUCUAAUUGCCAACAGAUAUCGCUAUUGGGCAUGGAAGCGCUAGUUAACAACUGCCCAGCCAUAGAGAUGCUAGAUCUGUCCGAUUGCUAUAACAUCAGCGAUCAGGGCAUCAAGAUUAUCACCGAGAAGCUACAACGAUUGCGUUCCCUGGACAUCAGCGGCUGCAGUCAGCUGACGGAUCACACAAUCGAUGCAAUUAUUGUGAAUUGUGCAUGCCUGGAGACCCUCUCGAUUUAUCGCUGUCGACGAAUGUACACGGAUAUAGAGGAUCGGAUGUCGGAUGUGCGCACUUUACGCAAUUUAUAUAUGGAUAACAUCAAUAGCAUUGACAAUGCAGAGUUCUUUCGCUUAAAGAAGCGACUCGAUUGCUGAUAUUUUGCGGCAAUUUUCGUUGUAUUUAUCCUAUAUUAUUUUCAAUUGUACAAUUUUCACUAGUCAAAGAAACAAAAAAAUACCUAGAAUAUAUUUAUGUGACAGCCUAUGAGGCAACUAAGAACAAUUUUGUAACCAAUUGUUAAAUUUAUUCAUAUCAUGACUGCAAAUUCCAAUAAAAUUUGAAACAGUUUCGAACCAAGGUUCGCCCAGGA